AUGCCGUCCCGAGCCCAUCUUUGGCUUCUCAUGCUGCUGCCCAAAUGGACAGCAGCUUCCCCUGUUAUCCUAAAUGAGCCCUCCUCCCCUUACCCACAGGCGACGCCUCACCCAUCUGCUAUCGAGAAACGUGGUGAUGGAGCCAUGACUUUGCCAGCCAGUGAAUGUGGCUCUCCUUGUACAGUCAGUUUUGAGCCAGUCACUACGACAGUGAUUGUAUCUGUUCCAGCUCAGACUGUCUGGGUGGCGAGCAUCACCCAGUCUAUGAUAUUUGACUUUACCCCGGUCACCACGACCACGGUUUUUCAACCGAGUGCGCAAACAUUUCCCAAUGACGACCCGGUUGCCACCCCGGCAAUUACAUUGCAACCAUUGGAGCUGGGAACUGUUGCGGUGUUCGGAAGUGAGGACAUGGACAUUGAUGAUGACAAUGGCAUGGACAUUGACGAUGGCGGUGUUGUCCAUCAUGAGCACAUCACCCUGCCGGUGGAAUACAUGGUCGUUGACAAUGAUCCAGUGCAGUAUACGAGACUUGCAGAAUAUAACCCGUAUAACUUGGAUAACAACUGCGCCAUCAUCACCAUGUCUUAUUUGAUGGGGAUAUCAUUGGAUGAAUUCAUCAAACACACGGAAAUUAUGCAGCCAGGGUCAUAUCAACCUGGAGGCAUUACUACCGGCCAGAUACAAGAAUACCUUGAACAUACUGGUCGCAAAUACGCAUUUGGACCAUAUGAUAGCGCCCAUGGCAACAGUCUGAACGAAAUUAUGGGCGUCCUUGGUGCUGACAAGCUUGGGGUUUGCUUCAUUCGUGAUGUAUUAACAGGACAUUGUGUUGUAUGGGAGAAUGGACGUUUCUGGGAUUUCCAAACGGCGGAUAACCCAAUACCCUACACCGAGGAGAACGGCGUCCCCAUUACGGACUACCUACGCUCCCGCAUGUUAAUGCGCAAGGAUACCGGAGAAUGGAUUCGAGCGACAUCAUACAUAUUUGCCAUUUAUUAG